AUUUGAAAUUGAGGCGGGCGAAGGCGGAAGCGAUGAGGACCGCACAAAACAAGACAGUUAACUGGUUUAUCACGGACGACUAAUCCUUUAUUAAAAUGGGAUUCUGUGACUUUUUAAACUAUAUUCCGACAUGUUGUUUGGCAGUUUGCAUUUGUAUAUCGUUUUAGGCAAGGUACGUUUUUUUUUUCCAUCUUGUUCUUAGCAGUCGUUAAAAAUGUCGUUAUUCAGCGUACAGACUAAAAAGCAUACAACGUACUACGACCAUCUAAUGUCGACAACCAGGACCCCAGGCAGACAGUGUUUGGCUGAGAGAAAAACAGUCAAAACUCUCGCCAAGUAUGAGCCGCCACCACCCGAGGACUCUGCGUGUGACGACAGCGAUAAAAGCAGCACCUUGAACCGGACGUAUGUCGUCUCUGCGCUGUCAAAAGGCGGACAGACAGCAUACCGCGGCCGGCUCACUCUUCAGAGGAGGUCACGGCGAAAGACCGGAGCUGAUAGUGCGGAGGCCACGGUGGUUGAGCCCAGCCAAAAUACUUUCACACCAGCUCCGGAGAAGAGAAUGACCUUGCAACGGAGGACCAAGACACCCUCCAUGGAUAAAAGUGCUCAGGCGCCGCGUGUGGUUAGCAGUGUGAGCUCACAUGCAAGGCCUAAAAUCCUCCAGGAAUCCAACGGUAGGACUUCCCCUUUAUACCGCUCCAUUAGCUUGAGAGAGACUGCAAGUAAGGGACGAGAAGCCGCAAGUGACUUGGGAGCUCAAGGGAAGCUGGCGCACAACAAGACUCCAUCUUCCUCGUCACAGUCACUAACCUCCACAGGUAGGCCGUCCGAUGAGCAGGCGCAGACGUUCAAAACCCCCACUAAAACGACACCGUUUGUUAAAAUUGCUGCACGGAGAGACGUCUUCGAGAAACUGACUCUGAAAGAAACUCCCAAACCAGUGCAGGUCAAAUCAGUAAGUUUAGACAGGUCCAAAUCCAGAGUGAGCAAGCAAGCAGAGGACGGUAAAUCAGUGCCAGUUCCUCGAACCGUUAAGGCCGGUGUGCCUAAAGCCAGCACAGCAUCACAUGUGAGGGGGACUGAUGCGGCCUCAUGCUUAAAGCCAGAGAAUACCAGGACGCCAACAACCUCGUCUGCUCCACCACCUAAACAGUCCUUGCCCCGUCCCACUGAGGCCUCCAAGACGCAAGACUCACUCAAGAUGGAGAACAGUGCCGUGACUGUUGCAGUCCGUGUUCGCCCUUUUAAUGCCAGAGAGAAGGCAGAAAAGGCCUCACAGGUGAUCUUCAUAAGUGGCCAAGAGACAGUUGUGCGGCAUCCAGACUCUAAACAGAGCUAUUCCUUCACCUAUGACUUCUCCUUGUGCUCUGUGGAUUCGAGUGAUCGCUCCUUUGCCAGCCAGCAGAUGGUGUACGAGACUCUGGCGAAACCUCUGCUGCUCUGCGCUUUUGAUGGAUUUAACACAUGCCUCUUUGCUUAUGGCCAAACUGGCUCUGGAAAAUCAUAUACGAUGAUGGGCUUUGGAGAGGAAGCCGGAGUCAUACCUCGCUUCUGCCAGGAACUUUUUUUAAGGCUUUCCUCUAUGGAAAAUGAACAGGUCAAAUGUCAUGUCGAGAUGAGCUACUUUGAAGUCUACAAUGAGAAGAUCCAUGAUCUCCUGGUGACCAGAGAUGAUCCAAACCAGAGGAGGAUGCCUCUGAGGGUGAGGGAGCAUCCAAUUCAUGGACCCUAUGUUGCAGAGCUAUCUGCGAAUGUUGUGGACUCGUACAAUGACAUUCAGGGAUGGCUUGAACUGGGAAACAAGCAGAGAGCAACAGCCGCUACCGGGAUGAAUGAUAAGAGCUCCAGAUCUCACUCUGUCUUUACCCUUGUUAUGACUCAGACUAAGACAGAAUUGGUGGAGGGAGAAGAACAUGACCACAACAUCACCAGUAAGAUCAACCUAGUGGACUUAGCAGGAAGCGAACGUUCUAACUCCGCACAGACAAGCGGCGAUAGACUCAGGGAGGGCGCUAGCAUAAACAAAUCUCUGCUUACACUUGGAAAAGUCAUCUCUGCACUGGCUGAGCAAGCAUUAACCAAGAAGGUGGUUUUUAUACCCUACAGAGAGUCUGUCCUCACAUGGCUGUUAAAAGAGAGUCUCGGUGGCAACUCUAAGACGGCCAUGAUUGCCACGCUGAGUCCAGCAAGAAGCAAUGUGGAGGAAAGCUUAAGCACUCUUCGCUAUGCCCAACAGGCCCGCACAAUCAUAAAUGUGGCCAAGGUCAAUGAGGACACGAAUGCAAAGCUCAUCCGAGAGUUGAAGGCGGAGGUGGAGAAGCUGCGAGCGGCCCAGGCGAGCACCCGGGGUAUCGAACCAGAGCGGGUCAGGCUGUUCCAGCAGGAGAUCACUGCACUGAAGAACAAGCUCUGCCAGCAAGAGAGAGAGCUGCUAGAGGCCAACAGGGAAUGGAGAGAGAAACUCGAGCAAGCUGAAAUACGUAAACGUGAAGAAACAAAAGAGUUGCAGAAAUCAGGCGUGACGUUUAAAGUGGAUAACCGUCUCCCCAAUCUGGUUAACCUGAACGAGGACCCUCAGCUCUCUGAGAUGCUUCUCUACAUGAUCAAAGAGGGUCAAACCACAGUUGGCAAACUGAAGUCUGAAUGCACACAUGACAUCCAGCUGACUGGAGCCCUCAUUGCUGACCAGCACUGUAUUAUAACCAACACCCACGGUACCGUCAGCAUCACUCCCAUGGAAAAGGCCAAGACCUUUGUGAAUGGAAACUUAAUAUCAGAAUCCACUGUUCUGCACCAUGGAGACAGGGUGAUUCUCGGUGGAGACCAUUACUUGCGUUUCAACCAUCCAGCAGAGGUGCAGAGUGGAAAGCGGGUAUCAUGUUGGAGUGGUGCAGGUGACGGCCACAAAGACUUUGAGUUUGCCAAGAAUGAACUGCUUGCAGCUCAGAGAGCCAAGCUGGAGGCAGAAAUUGAAGAGGCUCAAGUGAAAGCCAAAAAGGAAAUGAUGCAGGGAAUCCAGAUGGCCAAGGAGGUUGCUCAAAAAGAGCUGUCUGACCAGAAGACCCUCUAUGAGGACAGGAUCCGAGCAAUGGAAAAAGUGCUGAACGAGGAAAAUGAGCGUAAGCGUCUCCAGGAGCUCACGCAGCAAAGGGUAGCCAGCCAGAUGGAAGAACUGAAGAUGGCCAAUAUGGAGUUGGAGCAGGAGGUGGACUCCCAGAAGAAACGCCUCCGUCUCCACAUGGAGGCCCAGGUGAUGGAGCAACACCAUGUGUGUCAAGCAAAGAUUGUUGAGGCAUUGGAAGUCGAGAAAAGAAAGCUCAGCAAAGAUCUUGAAGAGAUGCAGCAGAAACGAGCUAAGAGGUUAAUCCACACUCCAAGAGACGCCUCUUCACGCUGGGAUGCUAUGAAACUCUCCUUGAUGAUUGAAGAAGCCAAUAAGAUCAGUGCUAACUUAAAGAAAAACACCGUCUUCAGCAGACAUGAGAGCUCCAACGGUGGGGUCUCAGGCCAAGGGGAUGUAUUGCAAGUGCGGGUCCAAAACACAAAGCUCGGGAUCUCUACUUUCUGGAACCUGGACACGUUUCAAAACAACAUGGCUGCCAUGAGAGAAAUGGAACAGGGUGAUCCUGCUUCUAAAGAUGAUGAUGUGUUUGAUGCCCCUGAUGAUGAAUGGGAACAAGAUAUAUCAUCUUCCUCUGCUUCGUCUUCCACCUUCUCCCGUCGAAGGAGCAGGAGUCUAUUAAAGGGCAAGAGAAUCUCAGGACGUCUUUAUGAGAUCCGAGUCCAUCCGAUUCAGAGCCUCUUAAAGGGCUCCUCCCAAUCUGAUGGGUUAAUGGGUGUUGCCUCUGCACAGUCCAGCACUACAGAAUCUGCCAUGCCUGGUAUCUGCAAGAUGUUGGUGGGCCAAUCCUUGGCCCGUCUGCGUGGCUUUGGAGGCACUGAAGAAAGCUUGGCUGAUAGGUUGGCCUCAGAUCUGCACUGCUUAUACACAGCUAUCCAGACCAUAUCUGAACUGUAUGACAGUUUAGAUGAUGACAGCCAACAGAAUGUGUUUGUGUGCAACUUGUUAGCUCAGACUCAGCUGAUCAAGGCCACUGCAGCUACAGAGAGUGCAGUGUUUGUCAUCACACAGUGGUUGGCCAGUGUGAAAGUGUCCUCUGGCCCACUCUACACUCUUGCUGAGGAACUAAAGAGCCAAGUCAAGAAGAUGGGAGGAUUCCUCCAGUUGCUUAUUCAAGGUUGUGAAUCUGAGAUCACAUCAAUGGUGGCCGAAGCACGGAAGAAGAGUAGUCAGUGCCUGGGUGCAGCAUUGUUUGUACUUUGCCACCUAGCGGUAUUGUCAGGCAUGCCGCUCAAUGUUAUGGAGCUGGGUAUCCAGGCCACAGGCAAGGGAUCAUUUGUAGGGUUUCUACUGAAAGGGACAGUUAAAGGUGUCCACUCCGUCCUAGAAGACAGCCUCAUCACCGCCAAAGAAAUAUUGAGAGAGGCUCAGCUGGCUCAUACAAGGAACACAGUGCUGCAGUGCCUCAAGUCCAAGACUCUUGAUUUAGCCCACUCAAUGCAGAACUACAUUAACUGUCGCAUCACGGAGUAUGAAAAUAACCUGGAGGAUGGGGAAGAAAGAGAGGAAGAGGCUUCAGCUUCCAAACUGCAGACUUUGAGGGUUACAGCAGCCACAUUGUUCAAUUUGAACCAAGCCAUCAAGCAGCUGCACUGCUCUUUGUCUAACACACUGAGAGGUAAAGAUAGACACUCGAAAUUCACCAGCUUUAAAGAGCUCAUCUCUUCUUCUGCCAAGACUGUUGAUGAGAUUAUCAGUGGUCUCUCCAAGAGAGCAGUUGGGCUUUCUCUGCAUCCUCCCUCUAGGCAGACUCUGAUGGCUGCACAAGAUGAGCUGCACUGUGCCCUGCAGUCUCUGACUUUGCCCUGGGAUCAGCAGGAGGCCGUCGAGAGCAGUAACACCGGCACGUCAGAAGAAAACAAAGCUGAUCAGCGCGAAAGUGGCGCCUUCCACUCUACUGAUAGAAGUCGAGGCAUUAAUACGUUUGUAUAUUCCCUCCCUGCGAGUGUUAAGGCCAAUGGUAGCCCACGUUGGGUGUAAUAUCAAUGCUGUGGGAGAGGAAAUUAAGACUUGUAUACAAUAAUAUAAUUAUUAUUAUUAUUUUUUUUUUUCUUCUUCUUCUUCCUCCUCAGCAUAAUAAAUCUGACAACAGAGGCAGUUGCCACUGCUUUAGUUUCUGCAUCCAAGUCAACACAAAAAAAAUUGCACUCGCAACAUAAUGUUUUCUGUGUUUCAAAAUGUGCUUUUUGGUAUUUUUAUGCAUACAUGGAUAGUUUGUAACACUUUAGAUAUAAUGUAAAAAGAACUACUGAUACGUGGCUAUUGUAUCAGGGGACCUUCCCGAAAUUUAAAUUGUGACUAAUGUUGUGAUAAAUAAUAAAACUCAAUAAAAGGUUCCAGAAUUCCAA